GAAUUUAUACUCGCUCUCUUCACUUCACCAUCCACUCCCUGACGUCCGGAGCCUGCUCUCUCAUCUCCGACGUCUCUCAAUUUCUGAAUCGCACUCAGAUUCUCUGCAGGUCGUUUGUAAGGCCAGUAUAUUCACAUUUUUGUUGAGAAAGAUGAAGACAGUGGUGGGGAUGGUCGUUUCCAAUAAAAUGCAGAAAUCAGUGGUUGUGGCGGUGGAUAGGCUGUUCCAUCACAAGCUCUACAACCGAUACGUGAAGCGGACAUCCAAGUUCAUGGCCCACGAUGAGAACGAUCAUUGCAACAUUGGAGACCGGGUUCGAUUGGAGCCUUCACGCCCUUUGAGCAAACGUAAGCAUUGGAUUGUUGCUGAAAUCGUCACCAAAGCACGCAUCUAUCAGCCUCCUUCCCCAUCGGCUUCAGCUGCAGCUCCACUUGAUACCAAUUCUUAAGGUGAAGCUUUAUGUAUGGCAUCUGAGAGGUUGAGAUUAUAUUAGGUUUAGCCAAAACUAGUUCCUACAGUUUCUUGAAUGUUUUGUUUGUAUGGGUGAAUGCACCUUUUCUAGUCCCAACCUAUAUGGUGAAUUUAUAUCUCCAAUUAUGUACUGAACUAUCCCACCAGAAACUUUGGAUAAGUCUAAAAUUGAAUCAAUGCUUUGUUAUAAUUUAUCAUGUUGAUAGCUCAUGAACAUUCGUUCGGUCAUUGAAAUUUGUGUUAGUG